AUGCCCACAUUAUGGAUCGUUGCUGUACUCUACGGUUGCAGUUUCACGGUGCACUGUUUGAAACUAUCCUUCGAAAGCUUUGAGCAGACUUUUGGAGAGGAUGCGAUGUGGUGCGAUGCACGGGUACGCAAGUUUAACCGAACGACGAGUGUUUUGAACGGCACGUUCCACAUUUUUCAUGACACCAGCAACGAUGUGCAGUAUCAACUGGAUAUGUACUACAGCCGGCUUGGCAAUCAACAGUAUAAUCUGUUGCCGAUGAAAUUACCGUCGGAGGGAAUAUGUGACUUUGUGAAUAAUCUCCACACCUACUAUCCGGCCAUGACGGAGCUGUUUACAAAUUUCCCGCCCAAAUUUGAGUGCCCUAUUAGCACGCGGGAAAUACACGUUUUUGAUAGAGAAUUUCCAACCGAGAUAUGGCCAAUAGUGAUGCGAAAGGUGGGUCUGUGGAAGCUAGAUAUACGCGGUGUGUUAAGAAACGAACCCCAUGUUGCAUUCAACUUUGCGCUGAAAGCUUCCAAUGACUGA